ACCCACGUCCACCAUUCACCCGGAGACUGGAGAGGCGAAGGCAGUGGACCGAAGAACGGAGUGAGGAGAGGCAGCCGGCCCUUCCGAGGAGUUAUGGAUGUUGGUGCAUUCACUUCUAGCCAGAUCCGCGCCCAGAGGGAGCUAACCAGCAGCCACCACCUCCAGCUGUCUCUUUGCCUUGCACCAGGUCUUACCCUUCCAGUAUGUUCCUUCUGAUGAGACAAUUUCCAGUGCCGAGAGUUUCAGUACAAUGUGGAAAUGGAUACUGACACAUUGUGCCUCAGCCUUUCCCCACCUGCCCGGCUGCUGCUGCUGCUUCUUGUUGCUGUUCUUGGUGUCUUCCAUCCCUGUCACCUGCCAAGCCCUUGGUCAGGACAUGGUGUCACCGGAGGCCACCAACAUUUCCUCUUCCUCUUCCUCUUCCUUCUCCUCUCCUUCCAGUGCGGGGAGGCAUGUGCGGAGCUACAAUCACCUCCAAGGAGACGUCCGCUGGAGAAAGCUAUUCUCUUUCACCAAGUACUUUCUCAAGAUUGAGAAGAACGGGAAGGUCAGCGGUACCAAGAAGGAGAACUGCCCGUACAGUAUCUUGGAGAUAACAUCAGUGGAAAUUGGAGUUGUUGCUGUCAAAGCCAUUAACAGCAACUAUUACUUAGCCAUGAACAAGAAGGGGAAACUCUAUGGCUCAAAAGAAUUUAACAAUGACUGUAAGCUGAAGGAGAGGAUAGAGGAAAAUGGAUACAAUACCUAUGCAUCCUUUAAUUGGCAGCACAAUGGCAGGCAAAUGUAUGUGGCACUGAAUGGAAAAGGAGCUCCCAGAAGAGGACAGAAAACACGAAGGAAAAACACUUCAGCUCACUUUCUUCCAAUGGUGGUCCACUCCUAGAGGAAGGCAAUGUUUGUGGAUGCAGUAGAAACAAAGGCUCUUUGGCCAGAAAAUAUUCGCUAUUCCUCAUGAAGACAGUAGCACAAAAGGCAAAGACACGUUGCAGAUGUCUACUUGCUUUGGAGAUUUUUGUACUCACUGCUGACAUAUGAUGUUCUUUUCAUUAGCUCUGUCAUGCCUUAUAACCAAGAUAUAGGCAGAUCGAAUUGGAUGGAAGUUAUUCCCAAGCAAACCACAUUGUGGAGGGUUUUUUGUUGUUGUUGCUGUUAAACUUUUUGCUUUUGAACCUCUGAGAUAGAACAUGGAACAAUCUGCUGAAUGAUCUUCAGGAAAGUUAUUUAUGGAAUAUGGACUCCUAUCAAAGACUUUCUUUGCUCAUUCAAGCCUAAUGAUUCAAUGAGCAGUAAGACACACAAGCAUUUACUAGAAAGCACUUGGGUCAUAUCAUCUGCACAACCAAAGAAGGUUUGGGUGUGGCACGGUGGAAGAAUUGGAUAGGAUUUAAAAAUAUAAACAUGUUAGUGUGAAACUG